UAUGCUCAUCUUGAUCAGCGUAAAAAUAUUUCUAUUUACUAGAAUACGGUCAAACGCAACCCAAAACUACUACUAAUACAAACACAGGUGCUGUUUCAACAGUGUCUUAUACACACACACAGAGUGGUUUUAGUGCGACAAAAGGGGUGCUGUUUCAAUAGUAUUUUGCAUCAAUGGAGGCUGGUGACUUAGAACCUGAAAAUCCACAAGAAAACAGAAUGGAAAGCAUAGAAGAAGAAGAAGAAGCACGUCAUGAUCGGCCUAUUGAGAUCAAUACAAUGAAGAAGCCUUCUUGGAGGAAUCUGAUGCAUAAUGAUUCAUUCUUAGAGAAUGGUUUGAGUGAUGAUCAAGGCCAUGGAUCCAUGGCAACAUAUUGGAAGGCCACUUUGAUGCUUGCAUUCCAGAGUAUUGGGGUUGUGUAUGGUGACCUUGGAACCUCACCGUUGUAUGUACUACCUGGGGUUUUCCCCGAUGGAGUAACACCCGACGAUGACAUCCUCGGUGUUUUGUCUUUGAUCUUCUAUGCCAUAACAUUAAUUUCUGUGAUCAAAUAUGUUUUCAUUGUUUUGGCUGCUAAUGACAACGGCAAUGGUGGGACAUUUGCUUUGUACUCUCUGUUAUGUCGGUAUGCUGACCUAAACGCGAUGCCAAAUCGACAGCCAGAAGAUCGAGAAGUGUCUAAUUACGAGCUUGAAUUGCCAAGUCGACGGCUUAAGAUGGCUUCGAUUGUGAAAUCAGCUAUUGAGAAGAGCACCUUCAUGAAAUACUUUAUUUUGUUGGUGACCUUGUUUGCCACUUCAAUGGUCAUGGGAGAUGGCAUUCUCACACCCUGCAUAUCAGUGCUGUCAGCUGUAUCGGGUAUCAAAGCUGCUGAUAAUGCACUUACCAAUAAUGCUGUCACUUGGAUUUCAGUGGUGAUUUUGAUUCUCUUGUUCCAAAUCCAGAGAUUUGGAACAGAUAAAAUUGGAUAUGCUUUUGCACCGAUCUUGACAAUUUGGUUCACUUUCAUUGGAUUUAUUGGUGUGUACAACUUUGUUAAGUAUGAGCCUAGCAAAAUAAUCAAGGCUGUCAAUCCGUGGUACAUCGUAAUGUAUUUCGCGAGGAAUAAGUUGAAUGCUUGGAAAUCUCUUGGAGGGGUAAUUCUAUGCCUCACAGGUUCUGAAGCUUUGUUCGCCGAUUUGGGCCACUUUAAUGUUCGUGCAAUUCGAAUAAGCUCGUGUACCGUGGUUUUUCCCUGUAUAAUUUGUGCAUAUUUUGGUCAAGCAUCAUACCUCUUGAAGAACAAACAGGAUGUAGCAAAUGCAUUCUACAGUUCAGUCCCGGGAAAACUUUACUGGCCGAUGUUUGUCAUUGCAGUAUUGGCAGCUGUAAUUGCUAGCCAGUCGAUGAUCUCGGCCUCAUUUUCUAUAGUUCAACAAUCAGUAGCACUUGGUUGUUUCCCUCGCGUUAAAAUCGUGCAUACAUCAAGAAAAUACGCGGGGCAAGUUUAUGUUCCUGAGAUCAACCACCUGCUGAUGCUCGCUUGCGUUGGCAUCACUCUUGGCUUCAAGAGUUCGUUGGAAAUCGGCAAUGCAUAUGGAAUCGCAGUGGCAUUCGUGCUUUCGAUCACGUCUUCCUUUCUUAUUCUAGUGAUGAUCAUGAUAUGGAAGACAAAUAUGAUUCUUGUCAUUGCCUACGCGUUGAUUAUUGGACUGUCUGAACUACUCAUGUUGAGUGCCUCCCUUUACAAGUUUGUUGAUGGAGGCUACAUUCCACUAAUCUUUGCCAUCGUAUUGGUGACUAUAACUUGCAUCUGGAACUACGGUCAUCGCAAAAAGUAUCAGUACCAGCUAGUAAACAAAAUCUCAAUCAACGCAGUCACCGAGAUAGCCUCAAAUCCAACCAUCCACCGUGUCCCUGGUAUUGCUCUAUUCUACACUGAACUUGUUCAUGGAAUAUCUCCUAUGUUCACCCAAUAUGCUUCACAAGUCAAGGCCUUGCAUUCAAUUCUAGUGUUCAUUUCAAUCAAGUCAUUGCACAUCAGCAAAGUCCCUCCAGACGAGCGGUUUCUGUUUCAACGAGUAGAAUCUGAAGGGAUACCAAUAUUCCGAUCCGUUGUGAGGUACGGAUACAAGGAUGAAAGAAAGGAAUGGGAGUCCUUUGAGGCUACAUUGGUGGAUCAAUUGAGGAAGUUCAUAGUAGCUAAUCCAAGAUUGAUGAGAUUUUAUGAUUCGGAUGGUAAGGAAGGGACCAUGAUAGAUGAAGAAAGGACUCAAACCGAGUUGAGAUUGGUCGAUAAUGCGCUGAGACAUGGAGAUGUGACAUAUUUGAUGGGUGAAGUAGAGAUGACUGCUUCAAAGAGUUCGAGUCCAUGGAAGAAAAUGGUGAUAGAUUAUGGUUAUAAUUGGUUGAGCAGAUGUGUGAGACAACCUGAUGAAUUUUUUAUGCUUCCUCGGAAGCGUCUGCUCAAGGUGGGAAUGACUUGUGAGGUUUAGUGUUGUCUAAAGAAAGAAGAAUCAAUCUGGUUUUGAUUGUUAGAUUUUUGCAGUCUUUUCCCUUUUGUCUUGUUGAAGUCUGAUAGUUAAAACUUAAAAAGUCUGUAUUUCAACUAUUCAUAAUCAGUUCUUAUUUUCUUUUAGA